AUGAACCUCAUCGGGGGCUACCAGCAUCACCACCACCUGAUGCACGAACCUUUCCCUUUCGUCCAGCGGUGUCACCAGGAUGCACCGUACUUCCAGAGCUGGGUGGUGAACCACGGCGAAGUGCCCCCCGAUUUCCAGAUUCAGGCGCCCUACCCAGCCGCGGAGCUGGGAGCGCCCGGAACGACGCACGAUGCCCGGCUGGAAGGGCUCCAGGCCGGGAUGGGAAAGAGGAGAGCGUCGGGGCCGAAGAAGGAGCGCCGGAGGACGGAAAGCAUCAACACAGCGUUCGCCGAGCUCAGGGAGUGCAUCCCCAACGUGCCGGCGGACACAAAACUGUCAAAAAUCAAAACUUUACGCCUGGCGACCAGUUACAUCGCUUAUCUGAUGGACGUCCUGGCCAAAGACUCCGGGGAGACGGAGGGCUUUAAAGCCGAAAUUAAGAAAUUUGAAAACCGGGAUUUGAAACGAAAACGGGAGCUGGUAAGUUACGAGUGUCGAAGUGAAACCGACGGCCUGCCGGAGUCCUUAGGAGCCGAGAAGAAGGUGAAAGGCCGGACCGGGUGGCCGCAGCAGGUCUGGGCUCUGGAGCUGAACCAGUGA